AGCCAGGUUUGCUAAGGACUUGCAGGUUGCAGACAUCGGUAAAUCCUUGGAGAGGGGAGGGUUUUCUGGACUCCGUGUUAUCUCCAUUAGCAGAUUCACCAGAUGUAUCUCUCAAAAUGGGAUCCUCUUUUAGAGGAUAAACGUGACAGCCCUUUGGCUCUCGUCUGGGUCACGCUCAAGCACAUCCCCUUCUUCCUUACAAACGCCCAAUCCCUCUCCUCUAUUGUGAAAACUCUGGGGAAACCAAUUCAAAUGGAUGAGACCACAGCGAGGGGUGGAUAUUUCAAUUCUGCAAGAGUUCUGGUGGAGAUGGACGCGUCCAAACCCAAACAACCUGCCAUUCUGGGUCACUGCUGCAAAAAAUCCCAACCCGUCGGAAAAGUCCUCACCGGCGGGACAACCUUGGUAAGGCAGCAAGCUGAUAAGGAGAUCAAGCCAAAUAACACACAUCAGUGGGUCCGUAUUCAGAGGAAAGGAAAGGCACCAGCUCAUAAUGUGAUGGCAGGCAUCCAGCACACUCAGGCUAAUGGGCAAACGAACAAAGCCAAGAAAUGCUCAGACAUUCCGGGCCCUUCCAAGUUGGGGUACAUAGAGCAAAACAGGCCCAAUUUACAUAUGCAUAAUGUUAGUGGAUCCCCAAAAAGCCCAAGUGUCUCACCCAAACUUGAAGCUGGGCCAACUACCAGCCCAUUGGUGCACAGUCUCUCCUCAACAGGCCUAUCCAGCCCAUCUAAACUAAAAACUACCAAGGCAUCAUUUUGCAAACAGGUAGGAGCUAAUAAUGAACACUCCUCUCCUUUGAACUACCUGGCACUUCUCUCCACCGUUGAGGACAUUGACACCCCAGCUGCAAUGCAUGGCCCAUUGUGGAUUUCUUCUGUCUAUGGCAGGCACACCAGGGCUGAAAGAACUGCAUUAUGGAAUGCCAUAUCAUCUAGGGCCCCUAGCAUACAUCCAUGGAUCAUUGGAGGAGAUUGUAACUGCAUCCACAGCCUUGACCAACACAAAGGGAACUGCAAUCCUUGCAAUAACUCAGUGGAGGAUUUUAGAGAAUGCAUGGAAGCUGGCAAUCUCCUUUACAUCCAUCCUUCAGGAGGACAUUUUUCUUGGAGUGGGAAACGAAGCAAUGGGAAGCUUUGGCGCAGACUGGACCAUGUUUUUAGCAACCAACAGAUGCUGGAUAGGACUAGCAGUCUACAACUCUCUAUACUUUGUAAGGGAGCAUCAAAUCACAGGCCUUUUCUCCUGGAACUAUCUUUGGAUACUUAUUCUGGUCCCAAACCCUUCCGGUUCUUGGACUUGUGGGUUUCACACCACACUUUAGAAGGCACCAUCAGAUCUUUUUGGGAGAACAAUAAAACCUACAAUGGAAUGAAAGGCCUUGGGAGAAAACUAAAGGAUCUCAAGGCCAUUUUGUCCAAAUGGAGCAAGGAGGAGUUUGGUAACAUCUUCCAGCAACUUAAUGAGGCAGAAUCUAGAGCAAGCAGGGCACAAGACCAUUUUGAGGCAAACCCAAACCCGGAAUCUUUAGUUGAAUUUAACAAGGCCAAUGCUGAAUUACUCUUAUUUUCCAAAAGAGAAACUGACUUUUGGAGGCAGAAGUCUUGCAUCAGAUGGUUAAAAGAGGGGGAUGCAAGCACAAAAUUCUUUCAUAAUGUGGUUAAAAAUAGGCGCCAGAAGCUUAGGAUCUCCUCCAUGAAGGAUGAUCUUGGCCUGAACAUCGAGGGGGACAGUAACAUUGCUUCACACACAAUUGAUUACUACACCAAGAUCUACUCUGAAGAAUCAGUCAGUAUUAACCUAGAACUGCUCUCAUAUAUUCCUAAGAACAUUAAUGAAGGGGAUAACCAAAUGCUUUGUGCUGUUCCACAAGAGGAGGAAAUGAGGGGGGCCAUCUGGGACCUCAACUCCCAUAGUGCACCAGGCCCAGAUGGAUACACUGGGACUUUUUUCAAAACCUUCUGGCACAUAGUCCAUGAAGAAGUGACUAGAGCAACCCAAGAGUUCUUCCUGGGUCUGCCCAUUCCUAAAUCCUACGGGGCAACUCUCCUCACUCUGAUUCCUAAGAUGGACAACCCUAAAUCUUUGAGAGAUUACAGGCCUAUCUCACUGUCCACUUUCCUCUCAAAAAUCAACACUAAGAUACUAGCCAAUAGACUGGGUGCACUACUUCACAAACUCAUCAGCCCUGAGCAAAGUGGGUUUCAACCAGGUAAAUGAGUGGAAGAAAACAUCCUCCUUACCCAGGAGAUGAUCCACUGCCUUGACAACCCGUCUGGAAGUGCCAACAUUGCUAUUAAAGUGGACUUUGCAAAAGCAUUCGACAGAAUUUCUUGGCAGUUCUUAGAGGUUACUCUAAACUCCUUUGGCUUUUCCUCAUAGUCCUGCCAUCUUCUCCUCUAAGGCUAUCUUCAACCUUACAAUGAGGAUUUAAAGGCUAUCCACACCUUUUACAAAUUAAUAAAAGAUUUGUGUUGCU